UGCCAAAACGGAUAUUGUAAGUGAGGUGUCGCACAGCGUAACAUGUGGUUUGGAAACCAACCACAGCCCUUUAAGACUUGCAAACAUCUGUGAUCCAAUCAACAAUAAAGUAAGAGCGAGGGUAAGAGGAAGCGCUGUCGUAAGAAGUUUAACCACAGUUGCCAAUGGUCAUCUUAGGAGGUAGAGGCGAAGGAAGAAAGUAGUCAUGUCAUCUGCUCUGCGCGCACAAGUGUCCCAGUGGGGCCGGGGUUGUUCGAGGACUUAUGACUGGACAGGCUGCCAGUCCCUCCAUACGACCAGCCGCAGCGCUUCCAAAGAGCAUGUGAAGGUUCUCGUGGUCGGGGGUGGAAGCGGGGGUAUCACAAUGAGCGCCCGCAUGAAACGUAAAGUUGGCGCCGACAAUGUUGCUGUUGUGGAGCCGAGUGAGAUGCAUUACUACCAGCCAAUAUGGACUCUCGUUGGAGCUGGAGCAAAGAACUUGGAGUCAUCCGGACGCCCCACAGCCAGUGUAAUGCCAUCUGGGGUAAAAUGGAUCAAAUCCAAAGUGACAGAGGUUAACCCCGACACCAACUCUGUGCGCACCGACUGUGGCAAAGAGAUUUCCUAUGAAUAUCUCAUUGUUGCCCUUGGACUUCAGCUUCACUAUGAGAGGAUCAAAGGUCUGCCAGAGGGGUUUGAUCACCCCAAGAUCGGCUCCAACUACUCGCAGAAGACGGUGCAGAAGACCUGGAGGGCCCUUCAGGACUUCAGAGAGGGAAACGCAAUCUUCACCUUCCCCAAUUCACCAGUCAAGUGUGCCGGAGCCCCGCAGAAGAUCAUGUACCUGUCAGACGCAUAUCUCCGAAAGACUGGAAAGAGGUCAAAGGCUAACAUCAUAUACAACACAUCUUUGCCGGUGCUGUUUGGCAUCAAGAAAUAUGCUGAUGCUCUGUGGGAGAUCGUCAAGACCCGAGACCUGAACAUUAACCUCAGACAGAACCUGAUAGAAGUGCGGCCUGACAAACAGGAGGCAGUGUUUGAGAACCUGGACAAACCUGGAGAGACUAAAGUCUUUGAGUAUGAGAUGCUGCAUGUCACUCCCCCAAUGGGUCCCCCCGACGUGCUGAAAGGCUCCCCCCUGGCUGACGAGGCCGGCUGGCUCAACCUCAACAAGGAGACCCUGCAGCACCAAGUUUACCCUAACGUCUUCGGCAUCGGAGACUGCACCAACCUGCCCACUGCCAAGACCGCCGCCGCUGUGGCUGCCCAGUCUAGUGUUCUGGACAGGACUAUCAGCCGAGUAAUGAAGAAUACACAGCCUGAUAAAAAGUAUGACGGCUACACGUCGUGCCCUCUGGUCACCAGCUACAACACGGUCAUCCUGGCCGAGUUUGACUACAACGGCCAGCCCCUGGAGACCUUCCCCGUGGACCAGAGCAAGGAGCGGAGGACCAUGUACCACAUGAAGGCCGACCUCAUGCCAACCCUCUACUGGCACGGCCUGCUCAGGGGGCUGUGGGGAGGCCCUGGACCAUAUCGCACCCUCAUGCACUUGGGGAUGAAGUAGACUUCCAUGGACCACAAGACGCCAAUAUAUUACAUUACAUUGCAUUACAUUAUUUCCAUUUAACAGCAAUAUAGUAUGAGGUGUAAAAAAGCUUAUCAAAAUCAAAUUCAUAACAACAACUUGUUUAUUGAGUGCUUUUAGGUGAAUAUACUGAUUUGGCUUUGCAUUAAUCCAGAGAAAUAUUUUCAGAUUUCAUAUAUAUUUUUCACACUGUGUUUACGUUUUUUUUCAUCACUAUUAUUAUUGCUUGUAAUUGUGUUUUAGGUAGGAUAAAAGGCUACUGUGUGAUCUCAUCCAGUAUAGCUGUGAUUCAGAACAUAGGGAAAUACUGCAGUGCGUUUUAUAUUUUCAAUAUUGUUACUUUUUUAAUAUUGUGUAAAUAUCUCAUAGGGUUUAAUUUGCUUGAUGCCUGGAUGAUUUCAUUAGCGAGCAGCAGACUAUUUGUCCUAGGGCCCAGCAGGGCCCUCAUAUAGGGUGGUGCCCAGUUAUGACCUUGGCAGGCCUGGCUAUUGUUCCGCCUCUGCUUGGGUACCUAUCCCAUGAGACUCCUUAUACAUGGUGACACUGACCGUAGCACUUAAAUAGCAGCACAAGUUGCUUGGAGGUAUUUAUGUGGUAAUGAGUAGCAGAGUAGAGUAACUUUAUUGAUCCCCGGGGGGAAAUUCAGGUGUCAAGUAGCUCACAUAAAUACACAUAAUGCAGUUAUUUCGUUCAAUUUAGUUUAUGUUUAUGUUAUAGAAUGUGACAAUGCAAUAUCAAUUAUUCACGCAAAUGCAUGUUGAUUAACAAAAAUAGAAUACUACACAAUUACAGAUUUAAUUUUCAACAGUUUAAAAUAUGACUUGCUCCUAAGUUACGGAACCUGCCAACUAGAGAUGCACAGGAUCCAAGAUCCGGUUCCGGAUCCGGCAGGAUAAUAGGGUUUUUCACAGAAUCCGGUAUCCGGCAGUUACCUAAAAAUCAGGAUCUGGUGCAUCUCUAGCCUAGGUUUUUCAGUCAGUCUUUCACAACCCCAAUUGCUGCAUGGAGUGAAAGAAAGUUGGAAGCGGCCAAUGUGGCAGUAAGCCAAUGAGUCUAAAAAAUAGUUUGAGGCAACGAAAUAAAAAAGGGCCCACGUGUGCGAGUAGGCUAUGUGUUUCAACCCUUUCGUAGGAUCCGGUAUCCGGUUCCGGAUCCGGCAGAAUCUUAAGCAGUGGAUUCGGUAUCCGGCAGGAUCCUAAAAAUCAGGAUCCGGUGCAUCUCUACUGCCAACAGCUUGGAGGAAUAUGUAGUGCAGUGGUCUCCAAUUAUUUUUCUGCAAGGGCCAAAUUAUGUAGAGCAAGUGAGGAUGUGGGCCAAACCAAUGCCCCAACCCAUUGAGAAAGAAGUUAGAUGUCUGAACAGAGAACAGAUUUUCGCUUUUCCGUCCUCCCUACUUGUCAAUGUCUGUUACCUCUUGUCAAUGAGACUGUUAGCAUAAGAUCUAACUCUCUGUGAAUGCUUUGGAAAGAUAUGACCCACUGACAUUUUAGUGAUCAAAAUACACAUUCAUUUAUGUUUUCAUUUGUUCUGACAGAUAAAAAAGAGAGAAAAGUCUGCUACAACCAGGAUUUCAUGCUCCCAAUUUUUCAAAAAAUAAUUGGGAGCAUGAAAUCCUGGUUGUUGCGGACUUUUCUCUCUUUUUUAUCUGGCUAUUUAUUGGUCCUGCUCCCAGGUCAGACGCUUGGAUGUGCGAGCUUUUACCUUCAACUUGUUCAUUUGUUCUGACCUCAUGGCGAGCCAAAUGUUUGCCAUGCAUGGGCCGGAUUUGGCCUGCGGGCCUUUGUUUGGAUGUAGUGGAUUCUGAGUUCUCUCAGUUUUCCUAUAAUAAUGAACCUUGUUCAGUCACUGAGACAUUUUUGAUAUUGUAAAUGAUGAAUGAUGAAUGCCUUUUUCCUAUGUGAUUUGAUUAAUUGAUUUAUUGACUGAUUGGUUCAUUGGCUGGUUGGUUGAUUGAUUGAUUGAUUGAUUGAUUGAUUGAUUGAUUGAUUGAUUGAUUGAUUGAGCUAGCUUCUGUGGCACAUCAGUUGGCUACUGCAAGUGGCACAUCAGUUAGCUACUGUAAUGAAAGCAAAAUGUGCCUGCUAUCAUCAGACAUAGCUAAAAUAAACACCUACUUGUUACUUGUAA